UCUUGAUCUUGAGGUAAUUGGCUAACUUGUCCAUAGGGAGAAAAGAGUUCCAAAUGCCCUUGUGUCUGUAGGUCUCAAUGAUUAUCUUAUAACUUGUUGUGGGGCAUUUCUAAUUAGUGUUUUAGAACUAGUUAACUUGAUCACCCAGAACAUUUCUUUCAAUAAGUCAGAAUGUGUUCAACUUCAAUCUUAUCAUAACUAAAUAUCUGCAUCACUUUUUUCCGUUGUUCAUAUGUGGUAAUGACCUGUACCUUGUACUUUUUUUCCGAAUGCAGAUCAUUAACGUAUACAAUCAGGAGUAUGAGAGUGGCGCAGCAUUCUGGCCUGAUGUCCAUUUCCGUAUCAUUUUUGCACUGAUAGUCUCACAGAUAGUUCUGAUGGGGCUUCUCACCACCAAGAAAGCUGCUUCAUCGACUCCUUUUCUCAUUGUUCUCCCAAUACUAACCAUAUGGUUCCAUAGGUACUGCAAAGGCCGUUUUGAAUCUGCAUUUGUCAAAUUUCCCUUACAGGAAGCAAUGAUGAAAGAUACAUUAGAACGAGCAAUAGAACCUAACUUGAAUCUGAAAGGUUAUCUUCAAAAUGCCUAUGCUCAUCCAAUUUUUAAGGACAGCAUGGACGACGACACUGAUGAUGAGGAGAUACUGAGUAUGGACUUUGAAACCGAAAGUGCGAUUGUGCGCACAAAACGCCAGUCCCGAAAGAAUACACCAUUACCCAGCAGAAACAAUGCGUCAUCUCUUUCUUUGUCUGAUGGCAUUCAAAGUCAUCUAGAGCCUUAAAGAAAAAUGGAAUCACUGUACGUUUGACCUUAGAUCAUUAUUUUCUAGACAGAUUAGGAUUAUGUGCGAUGCAAUACA